AUGUUCCUCGUGCAUUGCUAUGUUUUUACUCAGGAAUCGUUCAAUUCAGAUCGGAAGAUCCCCAAUGACAUCAGAAUUGUUCGAUUCUAGGGCUUUUUUCAAACCGAUUCAUGACGAUUCUGAUCCGGAUCACGAGUUUUAAGACUGUUGAUAUCUGAACAUUGUUGGAAAUCGAAGCUCCAUUGGAACGGGAAAUCAGAAAAAAGGAAAAAGAAGUUGAUCCAAACGAGUAUGAAUGUGCAAAGCACCUCAACGUCCACUGCAAUUCCUCCCUUUCCAUCAACUACUACUCCUGCAAAUCCUAGAAACUUAAUCCAUUCUCUAAAACAAAAACCCAUCAACCGUCGCUGUCUGCUACUCUCCCUCGCCUUCUCCACCACUCCUUUCUUCCUCACCAAUUCCCUAUUCGAAUCUCCACCGGUCGCAAAUGCCCGGGGCCUUUUCCAAAUGCCUCCAGUUCGUCUCAACAAUCGGUACUAUCUGGUUCGGGCUGGCGAAUCGGAAUUUGAGAGCUUUGGGAUAAUUAAUACCAAUCCAGUUGCGAAGACAUCUGUGGAUAGCGGUCUCUCGGAAGUUGGGAAGAAGCAGAUGAUCAGGGCAGCACUGGAGUUGAAGGAGAUGAGAGCUUGCGAAGGAAGUUGCUGGAUUUGGCCUUCCAUCACUCAGAGAGCUUACCAAGCGGCUGAGAUCAUUGCCUCUGUUAAUGGGAUUAAUCACAGUAAUAUUGUCCCAGAGUACAGUUUCUUGGAUGCUCGUGGAUUGGGAGCUUACGAAGGGAAGAACUUGGAUGCCCUUGCAGAGGUUUACGCAUCAGAUGGUAUUUCUCCAAGCAUCAAGCCUCCUCCAAUUGAUGAUGGGACUCCAAAUGAAAGUAUCUCUGAUGUGUUUGUUCGAGUAACACAGCUCAUGUCUAUUCUGGAAACCCAAUAUUCUGGGGAUACAGUGAUUAUUGUUUCACCAGAUUCUGACAACUUGACCGUCUUGCAAGCUGGGUUAGUUGGACUUGAUUUUCGCAGGCAUAGAGAUCUUUCUUUUGGCCCUGGUGAAGUUAGAUUUGUUGAUGCAAUGAGCAUACCUACUUACAAGCAACCAGCCUCUGCUCUAUAUAAGUGUUCAAACCCCCCAAACUGUAACUAAAUCAUCUCUUCAUUUAGUUGCCCAAAUUGUGAAUUUGAGACUUGGAGAAGUCUUCUACCCUCUGCACAGCUAUGACCGCUCACUGCCUUUGGGAUGAUCCACAGUACAGACUUAUCUGAUACACCUUCAUUUGAUUUAACUUUUUUUCAUGUAAUUAUUAUUAGUUAUUAUAAUUACUUCUUAUCAUGGUUAAGACAUAUUUUACAGACAACUUUAUCUAACAUGAUUGUAAAAUGUGAAAUUUUGUGCGUAAAAAAGAAAAGAGUACAAGGGGCUUGUACAAUGAAGAACAACCUGAAAGUUACCAAGAACCUAUCCCCUUAUUU